GCCGACACGGCGGAAGAAACCGAGGCGAGGAAACGAAGAGGGAAGGAACAGCAACCGGCAGCAGUAGCACAGCCCUCAAAGCAAGGGGAGGGAGGAAGGCUUCCAGUCCAAUCAAAGCCCCCGAAGGGUCAAGGAGGAGUCGAGGCCUCGAGGGGGGAGCGAGGUCGGCAUGGGGAUCGUGGAGACGUGGGUGCGCGAGAAGCCCAUCCGCACCUUCCUCGCCCGCCUCUCCCGCCAGUCGGCCGCCGCCUUCGUCGCCUCCACCACCUCCCGCUCCCCCGCGGCGGCCGAUGGCGAGGGCGGCGGCGCCGACGGAGGCAUCCCGCAGCUCUCGUCCGUCGCCAACUCGGUCGUCUCACGCUGCUCACGGAUUCUUGCUGUUGCAACUGAGAACUUGCAGCAAAGUUAUGAGGCUGAUUUCCCAGAUAAUUGUAAGGAACCCAAUACAUAUGCCAGAGAACUAUUAGAGUACUGCUGCCACAAAGCUCUCCAUGAAGUAACUACACGUCCAGACUAUUUGGCUGAUAUGAAUCUUCGACGUUUAAUGUUUGAUAUGAUGCUUGCUUGGGAAAACCCAGGUUCUGAGGAAGGAUUGCUAAAAAAUAAUUCUACCUUGUGUAAUCCCGUGGAUAUUGAAGAUGAAGACGAGGGAUCAAUUUUCUAUACGAAUUCCACAAGUUUAGCUGUUCAAGUUAACGACAUGAAGACAGUUGGAUUAAGUGCUUUUACACGAAUAGCACCUUCAUGCCCAAUAAUAGCUGACUUGGUUACUGUCCACAAUCUAUUUGAUGCACUUACGUGUUCAUCUGGUGGCCGGUUACAUUAUUUCGUAUACGACAAGUAUCUCAAAAGUUUAGACCGGGUAUUCAGGUCUAUCAAAGGAGUUAUGCAGUCAUCACUUGCUUCAAGUUUUAAUCUUGAUGCUGGGGAAUGUAUCUUAGCUAUUGAUGGUGACAAGCCUAUUCAUCCUGUAUUGCAGCAUGUUGGGAUAUCAGCUUGGCCAGGAACAUUGAUCCUUACAACACAUGCUCUUUAUUUUCAGAGUAUCAGAGUUGGUUAUGGUGAUAAGAUUGUUAAAUAUGAUUUAGCAACAGAUUCAAAUCAAGUGAUCAAGCGAGAUUUUACUGGACCAUUGGGUGUUCGUCUGUUUGAUAAAGCUAUGAUGUACAAAUCAAGCACUUUAACAGAACCAAUUUAUUUCGACUUUCCUGAGUUAGGGAGCCCCUCACGAAGAAACUACUGGUUAGCAAUCACUCGUGAAGUAAUGCAGGUGAAUAAAUUUAUCAGAAAAUUCAACCUUGAAGAUAUUCAGAGAGCAGAGGCACUCUCGAAGGCUAUCCUGGGCAUCUUGAGAUACUCUGCUGUGAAAGAAGCUUUUCAUAUUGCUCCCUCUCACUUCAAGACAACACUCACUUUUAGCUUAGCUGAAAAGCUCCCAAAAGGGGAUAUGGUAUUAGAGGCCCUAUACAACAACUACUUCCAACUGUUGGACACUUCGUUGAGCCAUUUGGCAACUGAGCCAGCAGUUGACAAAGCAGCGCAGACUCAUUCUGUACCAUUUUCAUUAUACGCUCUCUCUAGAAUGGGAUUUAACUUGCUGAAGAGAAAAAAUGAAACUGAAAAGGAGAUAAGCUUUUGUGCUGUUUGUGUUGGUGUAACAAAAUCUCUGGAGGCUGCUUUGCAAGAGUCAUUUCUUUAUUCUGAAAGAAUAGAGGCAGCACGCGCUACGGUUGAUCAAGUGAAGGUGGAAGGUCUUGAUGCAAAUGUAGCCCUCAUGCAGGAGAUACUUUUUUCGUUCAUUCAUGCAGGCAAACUUAUUUACUCGUUAACCAAGUGGGAAGAUCCUCUGAAAUCAUUUUUGUUCUUAGCUUUUAUCUUCUAUGUUAUCCAAAGCGGGCUUGUCAGUUACACUGUGCCCUCUGUUUUCGUAGUCUUUGCCGUCGUUAUGCUUUGGCAUAAGUACAGUGAAGAAGGAAAAAUGUUGGAAGUGCUUGAAGUAAGACCCCCUCCAACUAAAAAUCCUGUCGAGCAAAUCUUGAUCUUGCAGGACGCUGUAUCAAAAUUGGAAGAUACCCUACAGGCUGUAAAUAUUGUUCUUCUCAAAUUCAGAGCUCUGUUGUUUGCAGCUGUUCCAAAGGCAACUGAAAUAGUCGCAGUGGCACUUCUUGUUGCAGCUGCGGUUGUUGUCUUUGUGCCUCCUAAGCAUCUACUCUUGAUGGCAGUCCUGGAGGUUUACACGAGGGAGAUGCCACUAAGGAAGCUACACACAGAGAAGUUCCGAAGACGAAUUAAAGAGUGGUGGGCCCGUAUUCCAGCUGCUCCUGUACAGAUGAUCAGACCUAACGAAGACAAGAAAAAGAUAUGACUAUGAGCUCUGUGUCCAUUGCAACCAAGAGCUCACAAUUUUCCCCAACCUCCUAUAUAGCCAGCUAACAUGUACAGAUAUCACCCCUGAUUACCCUGUGAAUCGUUUCUACAUUUGUAGUGCUGAAUGCUAAUGAUGUUCCCCUGAUUAACAAUGUAAUAAUUGUACAUUUGUCAUCGUUAUCGAUGCAUAAAAAGCUAGACAUGUGUGUAUACAAACAGUUGCGUCGAA